AUGGCUCAUGGUCUAGCGCAAACAGAUGCUCGGGAGGCAUACCAGUCACCCUAUAUUUACCACAAAGCCCUCACUCAUUUUGCAAGGUCCUCACCAGAGCCUUUCAAUAUUGCCAUCGCCUACGCAGACAAGACUCCCUUGCCUGAAAUGUGGGAGGGUCACAUUACGGAUCUCAUUCAGUCCUGCAAGGAUCACCAGGUUUCACCUACACCUCUUCUGUCCUCAAUCUUCGCUUUCCAUGCGUUCCCUAACGGAACACAAUUGCGUGACGCUUUCAGAGCACGCAAGUCGAUACAUCAGCUGGGCCAUAAGAUACCAAGAAGGGAUCUAGCAACCAAGGAUUUCAAAGACGCAAGUCGAUAUGGUGAAGCCGAUCUUGAGGUCGAAUACGAGGGAGGCUCAUACAGUAGCAGCUAUCUCCGCACUGUGAGCAGCUAUCUCACAGCUUCUCUCUUCUACUUGGAGCUUCUAUACAGCCCCAGAUUUUACCAGUCCCCCGAGACUUGCUAUGCUAUCGUCCGCUGUCGCAUACCAUCGGGAGAUGGUCUGUUGGCUCUUUUGAGGAAGUUGAAAAAUGAUAAAGCAUGCUUGCUCUUCCGGGGGGAUGAGCCCGUUUGA